AAGUAAAGAGGUACCCUGAAGUUUGGAACUUGAGUUGCAAGUCAUAUCAUGACAGAGUCGAAAAACGAUUGAUAUGGAUUAAUAUUUAUCGUGCAUUUUUUCUGGGAAUUCGAUAAGAAAGAAAAUACAGAAAAAAUGAAAUAAAAAUUAGCUGUUCUGUUUACGGAGUUUGAGCAAAAAUUGAUAUGAGCAAAUAUAUGACCUAACGUAUUGUUGUAUUCGAGUAGACAUACAUCAAAAUAUAUGAAAUCAGCUUUCGCUGAAACAUCAACGUAUUACUGUAUUGCAAUAUUGGGCUACAUCCAUCAUGUCCGAGUUACACUUGCACCUGAAUAUAUUAUUCGUCAUUGUUAUGGUCAUAAUGCAGAAUACGGUAACAAGUACCAAAUUUAUAUCGACCCAAGGUGACAAUGGUCACAACGGAGCCAAAAAUAAUUGUAAUCCAAGUUUUGAAAACUCCAACAGUAUAGAAGAACAGAAAUUCAUCAAAACUUUUGACUUAAUAAGACUUAUGAAUGAGGCUUAUGCUCUUAAGCAGUUUUAUUGUAUCGUAGAGAAGGAGCCCUGUGAUGAAGUUGGACAAAGAAUCAAAGCUACUAUAUCUGAAGAAAUUUUAAGGGACUGCAGACGCUGUACAUCAACUGAGAAGAAAAACAUAGAACGUAUUAUAGAUUACGUACAAAACAAUUUUCCUCAAUUUUGGGAUGAGAUUAAAAGAGUUUAUCAGGUUAAAAAAAAUAAUAAAUGUAUUUAACUUUGAUAAAUUAAUGCAAUUAUGAAUUUAUAAUUAUAUACAUA